CCACCCUCUGCCCUUCUCGCCAGACUCAACCACCUGCACCUCCACCUCCCUUUCUCUCUCCAUUCCGCCACCGCUACCGGAAACAGAGUCAAUGCCUGCGCAGAGGCGUUCGUUCGAGCCUCCUACUCCUCCUCCCCCACCCGUUCCGACUCCGGAGGAGAAGGUUGAUUCGCAGCAACGCAAUCAAAACCACAAUGAACAAGCCGAGGAUGGAGACGAUUCAGAUGGAAGCCAUGUGUCUAGUGGCGGAGACAAAGAUGAUGGUGUUUGUCAACAGAUUUAUUCUUGUGAAAUUGGCAGAAAUACGCAAGGAAGUACAAUGCCCAAUCUGUCUAGGGAUUAUUCGGAAGACAAGAACAGUUAUGGAAUGCCUGCAUCGCUUUUGCAGAGAAUGCAUUGACAAAUCUAUGCGUAUGGGGAAUAAUGAGUGUCCUGCUUGUCGAACACAUUGUGCUAGUCGCCGAUCUUUGCGAGAUGAUCCAAACUAUGAUGCCCUCAUUUCAGCUUUAUAUCCAGAUAUAGAUGAAUAUGAGGAGGAGGAACUGGCUUUCCAUGAAGAAGACAAAGCUCGCAAUAACCAGAUCCAAGCUUCAAUUGCACAGACUUUACGACGGCAAACAGAAGCACUGGGAAGGAAACGAACAGCUAGAGCCACAGCUUCUGCAUUUGCGCGAUCAUCACAGGGCAAUUAUCGUAAUUUGAGGGGAAGGAGAAACCGUCGAGCUGCUGAACACCAAGGAUCUGAUGAUGAGGAGGAUACUAAUGGCCAUGAUGGAAUCAAGGAUUCGUCUUCUGCUGAUGAGCGUGCAGAAGUCACACCAAAAAGAUACAAAAGAUGGGGAGGAGCUCGGUUUUCUCAGCCUUCUUCUGGAGCAGCCAGUGCAGAUGGGGGUUGUGAUGAUAAUGAUGCUGAAAUUAAAAGAGAACCAGUGGGUGUGUCCGCUGGUCUUGUUGGCAACUCGGAAAUGCUUGCCUGGGGUAAAGGUGGCAUGCGGAGUCACACCCGGCAUGGCAGUCUGAGUGGUGGCAAUGGCAAGCAUGGUAGGAACAGCCGCCUCUCCAAGCUGAUGGAUAGUCUCCGAAAUUCGGAGGAAAACAAUGAUGGGUUGGAUAUCCACCUCAUGCUUGUUUCUUUGGACGAACAAAGAAUACCCAAUUUGCAGCGGCCCCACCUUUGCUGCAGGCCCUCUUUUGCAGUUAGACACAUAUGCCAAUAUGUUGCUGUCCAGACUUCCGUUGCAGCUGAUGAAGUUGAAAUGUUGUUGGUAAAAGAGUCCCACUCCAAACUCAACCCCUCAACCUGCUCGAGUUUUUUGAUCUCCAAGCCCAGUAUUAUAGAUCUGUGCAAAGAUGAGUUGCAUGCAUUGAAAGAGCAUGAAACAUUGGUGGAACUUCAAACUAUGUUCAAUUUUAGUCAGCAGCAUCUGCUUCUGGCAUACAGGCAAAAGUUGUCGGGAUUAGGAAACUCAUGAUGAAUUGACGAAGAACAAGUGGUUACAUCCUUUUCGUAGUGUAUAAAAAUAUGGUUAUAAAAGGAAAUCAGCAAUAUCUAUAAAUUCUGAUAGAACUCUAUGUAUACAUGUUCCUUUUUAAAUUUAGAGUUUCUAGGAAGUUGUAGGAGUAAACAAAAAAACAGUAAGAUGGUUUUAGGAUGUAGAAAAAGUUGCUUGCUUCGACCUUGAUACUUGAGUUUAUUUUCUCAUUCAAUCUUGUAGUAUGCAUCUUGCUUUAAUUAUUUUCAUUAAUGUCUUAAUGGAUAUUUGUGCUCUUCUCAUUACCCUUCGCUACACUCACUAAAGCCUUUCUCAAGACAUUUGAGUCAUUUUUUCGUUUUAGGAACAUAAAGUUGUUGCCUUAGCUGAACAAUGUAUUAAGUAUUCAGAGGAGGCUUAGAUUGAAUGUUCAUGUUCAUUUAUGACCAAAAAACUUGCUGGAUUUGAGAUCUACAUUGCAGGUGAAAAGAGUUGAAUAUCUCUCCACAAAGCUCAUUUUCUGUCUGGGAGCUGGUGUGCAUUUGUAUGUGUGCAUCCAUGAUCCACCCCAAAGGGGAUUGGAAGCGAUCUGAUGGUCCCGUUGUCAUGAUGGUAUUCUACAGCAGGCCGACCUCGAAUCUCUGAUACUGUAGGGAACAGCUCCCAAGAGGGCACUAUGGGAUGCAUGUGUUUGAUACAUAACCGGAGUUUGU